AUGAUACGCUUAUUAUUAUCACUUUUGUUUACAAUAAUUGUCGCAGCUGAUGCAGAUAACGACGGUAAGCCAAAGAUAAUAAUUGAUAAUGACGCUGGAGGCGACGAUGCUAUGGCAAUUUUUCUCGCCCUGCUCUACGAGAAACACUUUGACGGACCAAAGCUGGUGGGACUUACAACUUGUAAUGGUAACACUAAUGAAGAUAAUGUUUGCUUCAAUAAUCAGAGGAUACUCAAGGUCGCCAAGAGACAAGACGUCCCUAUAUUCAGAGGAUCUAAAGCGUCGCUUGUGACGACACCAGUUGCAACAGAUUAUUACGGGAAAGAUGGACUAGGAGACAGUGGUUUGUAUAAUACGGAUUUAGUGCCAGCGGAAAAACUUAGCGCUGUUUCCGCAUUAAUAGAACUAUCAAAGAAGCAUGAAGGAAAUUUGACUGUCGUAACAUUGGGAUCUCUAACGAAUGUGGCAUUGGCUAUUAAAAUAGAUCCAGAUUUUUUAAGUAGACUUCAGCAAUUAUACGUUGGAGCUGGACAUAUUCAUAGUGACAAUAAUCCAAGUCCCGAAUUCAACGCUAACGUUGACGUAGAAGGCUACCAUGUCGUAGCACAAUAUGCUACGCCGGACAAGGUCACCAUUCUUCCCUUCUCCCAAGUGCAGAGAUGUUUGAAUUUCACUGUGUCGUGGCGGCUGGAAGUCCUGGGUCAGCUUCAGACAGACAUUAUGAAGGCCCAAAAUCUGUUUGAGAAAAUAUCUAUGAAGAGGAGCAACAGAUGGCAAGCGCUCGACCCCGCAACUGUGGCUGUGGCCGUAAAUCCCGCAUUGGUCAGGGAGUACAAGUACUCAAAGAACAGUAUUAUCACAUGUGGUGAAAGAAGGGGUAUCAAUACUAAUGAAUUCCUUGAAAAGAAGGAUGCGAAUGUAAGACUUAUUUAUUCAGUCAAAGAAGAGGAAUACAAAGAUUUUCUAUUAAACGUUUUUUCAAAGGCCAAC